AUGGCAGCUUUACAAGAAAAAAAGACCUGCAGCCAGAGGAUGCAAGAAUUCCAGCACUACUGCUGGAACCCGGACACAGGGCAGAUGCUGGGGCGGACGCUGUCUAGGUGGGUGUGGAUCAGCCUCUACUAUGUAGGUUUCUACGUGGUGAUGACGGGCCUCUUUGCACUGUCCAUUUACACACUAAUGAGCACAAUCGACCCAUACACGCCAGACUAUCAAGAUCAAUUAAAGUCACCAGGAGUAACCUUACGGCCAGAUGUUUAUGGGGACAAAGGCCUGGAGAUUUGCUACAAUGUUUCUGACAAUAGGACCUGGACAGACCUAACACAUACCCUCCAUGAGUUCCUGGCAGCUUAUUCUCCAGCAGCCCAAGAGGCCAACAUAAACUGCACUUCGGAGAAAUACUUCUUCCAGGAAAGUUUUCAGGCUCCCAACCACACCAAGUUCUCCUGCAAGUUCACAGCAGAUAUCCUGCAAAACUGCUCGGGUAUGCCGGAUCCUAACUUUGGAUUUGAAGAUGGAAAACCGUGCUUUAUUAUUAAAAUGAACAGGAUUGUCAAAUUUCUCCCCAGCAACGGUACUGCUCCCAGGGUGGACUGCACGUUCCUGAAUAAGGACCACAAAGACACCCAAGCCCUGGAGGUCCAGUACUACCCACCCAACGGCACCUUCAGUCUCCACUACUUCCCUUACUACGGGAAGAAAGCUCAGCCCCACUAUAGCAACCCUUUGGUUGCAGCAAAAUUUCUCAAUAUCCCCAAGAACACAGAAGUUGUCAUCGUGUGCAAAAUCCUUGCAGAGUAUGUCACCUUCAACAAUCCCCAUGACCCAUAUGAAGGAAAAGUGGAGUUCAAACUUAAAAUUCAGAAGUAAAUAGCAUGAGUAGAUACAGUAGAAUUUCGGUAGACUCAAGAACACAGGUCAUAGCCUGCAAACUUAUUUACAAAGAUCACCUUCUUUGUUCGGCUUAAUCUGCCUGCCGGUUCCUUACCAAAUUAUCUCUAAAACAUUUUAAAAUGCCAAUACUGAAGUCGCUUGGUAAUUCCACAGAGGCAUCUAGGUGGAAAGUAUCUACUUUAUUAAAUCUCUAUUCUUUUGGGUUUUUCCCACAUCCACGUUCUUGUAACUACCUGAAAACAUUUCUCUUGUGAAAUAUAUAAAGAUAAAGUCUAAUUCUUGUACUAUCUGAGAAUUAUUAAAUCUCUAUUCUUUUGGGGAUUUUUGGAUAGAAUUUGUAGCUACAAUAAAUAUGUGGGGUGUUUUAGUUUGCUAAUGCUGCAGAAUGCAAAACACCAGAGAUGGAUAGGCUUUUA